GUUGAACCUUCGCAAACAUGAUUUCAGGCGUUUGAUUGAACCACCUAACAGUAACCAUAGCAUCUGACAAAUAUCACAUUUCAGUAAUAUAUUUCAUGGUUAUAGAGAUAUAUGGUUUGGUUCAUAAAGAAAGUUUUCAGAAGGCAAGCCUCUUGGCCUCUGAUCUUCAUGAAUCACACCAUGAAAUAUUUGAACAGCCUAGAAUAUGUGGAAUGUUUGAGUUUGAAUGGGCGGACUUCAUAAGGACAACAAAGAAAAAACUUGGCGGAGCAUACUGGAUCUAUAAUCAUGAUGUUUUGGUCAUAAUAGAUGGAGUUCCACUAGGUUCGGAAGAGGAUCUAGCGAAUUGGGCUGAAAGGGAAUUCAACAUUACUGACUAUCGUCCUAUGACAUUAUACAGCGCAUUGGCAGUUGAUGCCUAUCAAAAAAGACUACUUCGUUUUAAUAGAAUAUAUGUUUCCAUGCAUAUAUCAAUCGAUGGGGAGAAGUGUGGCAUUUUACUACUUGAGUUAUACUCUGACUUUGUGCCAAAAACAUGUGAAAAUUUCAGGUCAUUGUGUACUGGCGAGUAUGGAGUGAUUAAGAAAAACGAGGUGGAGAAAUAUAGAAUGAAUUAUAAGGGUACAAAAUUUUUCCGUUUGGUAAGAAAUGGAUGGAUUCAAGGUGGAGAUAUUUUGUACAACAGAGGAAAUGAUGGUCGUUCAAUCUAUGGUCCAGUAUUUGAAGAUGAAAAUUAUAUCAUCAAGCAUGAUCGACGCGGAAUUCUAAGUAUGGCUAAUUCUGGACGUCACACAAAUGGUUCACAGUUCCUCAUUACACUGGCACCAGCUGAAUGGAUGGAUAACCGCUACGUAGCAUUUGGGCGUGUAAUUGAAGGAAGUUUAACUCUGGAUAAAAUGGAAGAGGUCCAGACUCAUUACGAACGCCCAGUGAAAGAUAUAUGUAUUGAAAACAUCAGCGUUGUUAAUCCCAACGAAUUAGCGACUAAAAUUGCCUAAAAAAGUCUCGAAAAUACCAGACGGAGUAUGCACACUUGUCACUAUAGUAUAUUAAAAAUACAGCACUUAUAUAUACCUUUA